AUGUUAAAAUUACCUAACAAUAUUUGACAACACACGCGAAUCAGGAAAGUGGAAAGGCAAUAAACCCGGCCGGAAUCAGUAGAAAAUGCAUACGGAUCUUGCCUCCCAUCUACACACGCCCGCUUGCAACAAGUUGAUCGAGGAACUCCAGGCCUGCCACGAAAAUAACGCCUUCGCAAAAUUUGUGGGCGUGUGCAACUCCAUAGACGAUAAGGUGGUCAAGUGCCUAAAAGGCGAGAGAAUCGCCCGAUCCGCCGCGAAUCGCGCCAAAGCCCGCGAAAGCCAGGCUAAGUACAAGGAAAAGUUGCUCCAGCAGGAAAGUAACUAA